UCCUCCCAACCACCACAAACUUCAGGUCGUACAGACCACCGCGCCAGCACCAUGGCCUUCCGCAACGGGUCCUUUGCGACCUUUCUAAUCGUUUGCCCAACAUCCUUCUUCCUCGGCCUCAUCUUCUCCCUCUUCCCCUACGACUACCCCAUCCUCUGGUCCACGACCCCCACAACCCCCGAAUACUUCACCUACUUCGAAACGCACCUCCGCUUCCUGCACGCCUCGCCCCCCCUCAUCCCCCGAAUCCUCCACAUUGUCAUCUUCCUCGGUCUUCUCGGCCUGAUUCUUAAACUUUACAAACCCUCCGAAAGCAAUAUGCUUUUCGACGGCGCCAGUCUCGUCCUCUAUAUGUGUGGGAUUACGGUGUAUAUCGCGAAUAUUGUGAAGGGGUUGAGGCUCGUUUCGGCGGGGAAGUAUGGGGAUGAGUUGUUGCCUGAGGGGGGAGAGGGGGUGGAGGGGGUGGAAGAGGGGCAGAUUCUGGGGAGGGAGGAUAGUUUGAAGGUUUUGGCGGCGAGUAAUACUAUUUUGGCGUUGGUUUUGGUGGGGGUGUUGGUGUUGCAGGCUGGGCAGUGGUAUGCGGAGAGGAAGGAGGCGCAGGAGGUGGAGAGUUUUAGGGCGAGGGAGCAGUCUGCGGAGAAGGAGGGGAAGGAGGGGGGGAAGGUUGAGGGGGGGAAGAAGAAGAAGAAUUGA